AUGAAAUCCAUUCUCAACAUCGAAAUCAAACACACCUAUCACAAGAUGGAACAGCUGCGUAGGAGCUUAGCAACGUUGUCAGACGGCAUCACUACAUCUGGCAUUCCAGAAAACAUCAGCACAAGUUUUCUCGAAAGCCAAGCGAGGUUCAACGAGAAGAACAUUCGUGAAAGGACAAACAGGACGAAAAGAAAGUUCAACAACAUUCUGCUAUGCUCCAGUGAACGAAAUGAAGAAGAGAACACUAUCAGCGGGAAUCCAAAAGCUAUUCACAAUGGCACCCAAACGACGAUUCCGCCGGAAACCGAGAUUCUUCUAAGCCUGGGACCAAAGUUCGCCUUGCCUAUGACCAAACUGCAGCAGGUUCCAUUCUAUCACCUAAUGGCAGAUGCAGAAAACAAUCAGUUCGAACCGAUUACAAAAUUCUGCAACAAGGCCGAAGAAACAACACGGAGGUUUCUAAAGGACAAUCCGAACAUCCUAGUUUUGAAAUCGGAUAAAGGCAAUAAGACGGUAUUGAUGGAAGCCAGCGAAUACCGACAAAAAAUGCUUGAGCUUCUAGAAGACCGAAACACGUACAACCCCAUCAACGCAGAUCCCACGUCAAGAUUCGAAAAACAGAACAAUUCCAUCGUGAAACGGCUUCGCAAUCUGGAUCUCAUCGACGAAAGAACCAGCCGACAGCUGAUGAAGCACAACGCUGUCUGUCCAAGGAUCUACGGACAACCGAAGGCCCAUAAACCUGGUCUACCACUUCGCCCGGUCGUACCCAACAUUACGGCACCUUCGUAUAGUCUGUCCAAAUUCGUCGGGAAGAUCUUCCAACGAUCGCUGGUAAGCAGGUACAACAUAAGGGAUUCGUUUGAAUUCUGUGAAUUCAUUAACAAUGUCACCCUACCUGAUGAGCAUGUACUAAUUUCGCUAGAUGUGAAGGCGUUGUUCACAUCGAUCCCCAAAUCACUCGUGAUGAACAGCAUUAUCACAAAAUGGGAUGAAAUCAAACCGAACACAAACAUCUGUUUGGAUUUGUUCCUAGAAAUAGUGGAAUUCUGCAUAGAUUCCAGCUAUUUUAGGUUUGAUGGACAACACUACGAACAAGUGUUUGGGACGGCGAUGGGCAUCCCACUAUCCCCGUACAUUGCAGACUGGGUAAUGGAAACAUUACUAGAUACGGUUGUCCGAAUGUUGGAAAUACCACUGCCAUUCAUUCGAAAAUUCGUUGAUGACCUGAUAACCGCUAUUCCUCUUAGUCGGUUACAGCAUGUCAUUGACACUUUCAACAGCUAUGACAUCCACAUCCAAUUCACUUACGAAAUGGAAGUGGACAACAAAUUACCGUAUCUCGAUAUGCUCUUAACACGCCACAGCAAUCAGAACGUAACAACAUCUUGGUACCAAAAGCCCAUCGCCAGUGGACGUUUCCUACAGUACCAAUCGUUCCACCCCCUCGGCCAAAAACUGAAUGUAGCCCAAAAUUUUGCGCGCCGAGUGAAUCAGCUGUCCACCAAUCUCGACGAACAGUCCAAAAGGAAAAUCGUUGAUGAUCAACUAAAGCUGAAUGGAUAUCCAAAGCCGCUCAGAAGCCGAAUCAUCAACCGAAUGAACGAACGGAACACCAAUCGCUCCAUCCAACACAGCGUACAGAACCUGGAAUAUACUUACCUUUCUAUUCCGAACAUACCUCACCUGUCGAACAUGAUCGACAGGGUCAUCAGGCGGGAGUAUACACAAGUACGACUCGCCAAGUACAAUGUUAGAAAGGUAAACAACAUGUUCUCGAAGGUGAAAGAUCCUGUGCCGCAAGAAAGCCAAUCGAAUGUAAUCUACCGUGUACCUUGUUCAAACUGCGAAGCCUCCUACGUAGGAAUGACAACAAAUCGACUACGAACGAGGAUGAGUGGACAUAAGACGCACUACAACGCACUUGAUCGUCUAUUGGAACAGGGCAACACAACGACAGAUGAAAUCGCCAACCUCGGGGAACGCACCGCUCUGAUGCAUCACAGCAUUGCAGAGAAUCACCGUUUGUACGUCAGUCCGGUCGGAGAAAACAGUGACCAAAGCGUAGGCGAUAAAAAGUCGAAGAAAAUCGUAGGCGAUCAAAGUCGAUAA